UCCGGCAGCGCCGCCGGUACCAGCGGCAGCGGCGCUUCCAGGGACACGGGGCGGCCGGCGGGUCGGGAGUUCCUUAUCCCUUCACUGGCACACAGGUUCAUAGCAGAGAUGGUGGAUUUUUUUAUUCUGUUCUUUAUAAAGGCAACCAUCAUUUUAAGUAUUAUGCACCUCAGUGGAAUAAAGGACAUCUCUAAAUUUGCCAUGCAUUACAUCAUAGAAGAAAUAGAUGAAGAUACGUCCAUGGAAGAUUUACAGAAAAUGAUGAUAGUAGCUCUCAUCUACAGGUUAUUAGUCUGCUUUUAUGAGAUAAUCUGUAUUUGGGGAGCAGGUGGAGCAACCCCAGGGAAAUUUUUGCUUGGACUGCGAGUUGUGACGUGUGAAACAUCUGUACUUAUUGCACCCAGCCGUGUGUUAGUCAUUCCAUCUUCUAAUGUCAGUAUGACAACGUCCACGGUACGAGCUUUGAUCAAGAAUUUUUCUAUUGCAUCAUUUUUUCCUGCAUUCAUUACGCUGCUGUUUUUCCAGCAUAACAGAACAGCUUAUGAUAUUGUAGCAGGAACUAUUGUGGUCAGAAGAAAUGGAGUUAGAUGAUACCAAAAAAUGAGAUUUCUGGACUGGUUCUGAGCAUCGCCUCCAAACCCCGGUGAAUAAAGACCUACCCCAGAACUGAAAUUGAGGUGUCUGUUGGAAUCUUUUGCCCUAAUUACAUAGGAACUGAUUCAGAAGCUGAAGAAAAUGUAUGGUUCCUGUAUGAUGCCAGCAACUACCUUUGAAGUAUUGGAGUUUUCAUAGCUGCCAAAGAAGUUUUGGAGAGAAAGUAUGUAUUAAAUCCUGGAGUAUUUAACCUCUGAUGAAACAAAAACUGUCUGCUUUAACUGCAAAAAGGAGCUGUUCUGUUUGUCUGUGGAAAGCAGAUGCCUAGGAAUACACCACCUUACAAGAAGUGUUGCUUCUACAGUUUUGGAUGUUGGCAGGUAACUAGAAAAUGAAGUUCUGUUCCAGACAGUUGCCUGUCAAAGGGUAAGCGGGAAGAGACCUGCAGUAUUAGACAGCAAGGCAAAUGAUGUUAAUUAAAUUGCCAUGUAUCCAGAAGGAGAGUGGUUAUCAGUGUCUUUUAUUAUUGCUUCACAGAUCAUAUUCCCUCACCUUUUAAGUAUUUUCUCACAACAUUGAUGUGAAAAGUUUCUUGCAUGAUUGUCUCAAGCACUGUCACUUACUUCACUUGUCCAGGCUAAUGAAGAAGUGAAACAAUAGCUGCUUUUUCCUGUGAGAAGGAUAUGUUAACACUGUAGUGUUAGUGAUCUGAUGUGUGUAAAUAAUUCUGGAGCCAGCAACAGUACAGACCAUGCUAAUCAAAGGUAACUUUUUUGCUUCUGUUUGGAGAGAAAGCACUUGUCUAUUACUUGCAUAUAAUGCAGAGAAGAAGUGAAUGUUUCAGGAGCAUGCAGAAAACAUUAAACUGAAAUGUGUUAUGGAUGUAAAUCUGCAGAAGUACAAAUACUGGUUUUCACUUUAUCAUUCUGGCUAAUUGUUUGUAUAUUCAGAAUAAUUUAAAUACUGAAUAAAGAAACCUAAUAUUUUGCAUGACUA